AUGGCACGGACGAAUUCGGCUGCUGCUGUCCACGUUGCGAAUGCUCCUCGAAAUAAUGGGAUGGUCGGCAAUGCACCGGCGUCCGUCGUAGUUCGCUCAUCGGCGCUGGGUGCCGGUGGUGCUGUACUGGGCCAGAAUAACUUGAACAAUGGCGGCAGCAUCAGCGUCAAUCAGGACCCUCAGAUGAUGGCCGCGAACGCAGCCAAGGUCAACGUGACCAACGGGCCCAAGCAAUUGCCUCCUCAGACUGUGAAUGGUGCUAAACAUAAUCAUCUGGAUAAUAAUAGCUGCGAUAUAACUAAGAUGUCGGGAAUAAAGGAGAAAGAGGAAGAUAUAACACUCGUCCAGAGGGACCCAG